CCCUUCUUUUUUUUCCCACCCACAUACUUUUUUCCCAUUACUCUUUUCUUUCCUUCCCGGGUAUUGCCUCCCUUUCUCCGAGUCAUAACUCGCAAUGGCUACCACGCUCUUCCGGCCUGCCACGGCGCGCAUCGCCACCCCCGAGACUCAAGAACUGGUCGCCCUUGAGCUCGAAGACGGUGCCGUCUACCAGGGCUACAGCUUCGGCGCGCCUAAGAGCAUUUCUGGCGAGCUGGUCUUCCAGACGGGUUUGGUGGGGUAUCCCGAGUCCAUCACGGACCCCUCCUACCGCGGCCAGAUCCUCGUCAUCACCUUUCCCUUAGUCGGGAACUACGGUGUCCCCCCGAGGGAGUCGCUAGAUGAGCUCCUCGGCAGCCUCCCUGCGCACUUCGAAUCGUCGCAAAUCCACAUCGCCGGUCUAGUCACGGCUACAUACGCGGGCGAAGACUUUUCUCACUUCCUCGCAAACUCAUCCCUCGGGACAUGGCUCAAGGAACAGGGCAUCCCUGCCAUGUACGGCGUAGACACUCGCGCCCUGACAAAGCGCAUCCGCGAGAAGGGAAGCAUGCUUGGUCGCAUGCUUCUAGAAAAGCAGGGCUUGGCCAAUGGUGUCAAUGGCGACACUGACGGGUUCGAACUCCCGGGCGUGAUGGGCGACUGGAAGCCCCGCUUCGAGUCGGUUGACUGGGUCAACCCCAACGAGAAGAACCUCGUAGCAGAGGUUUCUAUCAAGGCGCCCAAACUGUACCGACCGUCCGAGGCCGAGGCCCUGAAGCACUCCUCAGGCCGCCCACUACGCAUUCUCUGCCUCGAUGUUGGUAUGAAAUACAACCAACUCAGAUGCUUCCUGAAGCGUGGUGUGGAAGUCCUAGUCUGUCCCUGGGACUACGACUUUCGCAGCGAGACCUAUGAUGGCCUGUUUAUUUCCAACGGGCCCGGCGACCCAGCGAUUUUGGAGUCCACGGUCAAGCGCAUCGCCGCAGCCCUCGAGGAAAACCGCACACCCGUUUUUGGUAUCUGUUUGGGUCAUCAGCUGCUCGCCCGGGCUGCUGGAGCCAAAACAACCAAGCUCAAGUUCGGUAACCGCGGGCACAAUAUUCCUUGCACCAGCUUGGUAACCGGCAAGUGCCAUAUCACCUCUCAAAACCACGGCUACGCCGUCGAUGCCGCCACGCUUCCCGCCGGGUGGCAGGAGCUGUUUGUCAAUGCCAACGACGGCAGUAACGAGGGCGUUAUGCACGUUGACAGGCCGCACUUCAGCGUGCAGUUCCAUCCUGAAAGCACCCCCGGCCCCAGGGACACCGAGUUCCUGUUCGACGUCUUUAUCCAGACCGUCUCGAACUGUGCCGCCGACAGCAGUCUGCUGCAGAAGGGUGUCCAUUUCCCCGGUGGUACGGUCGAGGAGAACAACAAGCUCCACCCUCGCGUUUCCGUCAAGAAAGUACUCGUGCUCGGCAGUGGUGGUCUCAGCAUCGGUCAGGCUGGCGAAUUCGACUACUCUGGUAGUCAAGCGAUCAAGGCUUUGAAAGAGGAAGGCAUCUACACCGUCCUCAUCAACCCUAACAUUGCAACCAUUCAAACCUCCAAGGGUCUUGCCGACAAGGUCUACUUCCUGCCCGUCAAUGCCGAGUUUGUGCGUAAGGUCAUCCUUUACGAGAAGCCCGAUGCUAUCUACUGCACCUUUGGUGGCCAGACCGCCCUGUCGGUCGGUAUCCAGCUCAAGGACGAGUUCGAGGCGCUCGGCGUCAAGGUUCUGGGAACGCCCAUCGAUACCAUCAUCACGACCGAGGACCGUGAGCUGUUCGCUCGGAGCAUGGACUCGAUCGGUGAGAAAUGCGCCAAGUCCGCUUCCGCGAACAACGUCGAGGAGGCUAUGAGGGUUGUCAAGGACAUUGGCUUCCCCGUCAUCGUCCGCGCCGCGUAUGCCCUCGGUGGUCUCGGCAGUGGUUUCGCUAACAACGAAGCCGAGCUCCUUGAUCUCUGCAACAAGGCUUUUGCUGCCAGCCCCCAAGUGCUGAUCGAGCGCAGCAUGAAAGGCUGGAAGGAGAUCGAGUAUGAGGUUGUCAGAGAUUGCCAGGACAACUGCAUCACUGUGUGCAACAUGGAGAACUUUGAUCCCCUCGGCAUCCACACUGGCGACUCGAUUGUCGUCGCCCCUUCUCAGACGCUCUCGGACGAAGACUACAACAUGCUCCGGACGACGGCCGUUAACGUCAUCCGCCACCUCGGAGUAGUCGGCGAGUGCAACAUCCAAUACGCGCUUAACCCCUUUUCCAAGGAGUAUUGCAUCAUCGAAGUUAACGCUAGACUGUCUCGGUCUUCGGCCCUCGCUUCCAAGGCCACUGGUUACCCUCUCGCUUUCAUUGCCGCCAAGCUGGGUCUCGGUAUUCCCCUGAAGGAGAUCAAGAACAGCGUCACCAAGGUCACUUGCGCCUGCUUCGAACCCUCCCUCGACUACGUCGUGGUCAAGAUGCCCCGUUGGGAUCUCAAGAAGUUCACCCGUGUCUCCACCCAGCUCGGCUCGUCCAUGAAGAGUGUCGGCGAAGUCAUGAGCAUCGGCAGGACCUUCGAGGAAGCCAUCCAGAAGGCCAUCCGUGCCAUUGACUUCCACAACCUCGGCUUCAACGAAACGCCAGCGCUCAUGUCCAUUGAUGAUGAGCUCCAAACCCCGUCCGAUCAGCGCCUCUUUGCCAUCGCAAACGCUAUGGCAGCCGGAUACUCGGUUGAGAGAAUUUGGGAGUUGACCAAGAUUGACAAGUGGUUCCUCGACAGGCUCAAGGGCCUGAACGACUUCGCCAAGAAGAUGAAAGACUUGAAGGCUGGCGGCGCCACCCUCCGGCCCGGCAUUCUCCUCCAGGCCAAGCAGUUGGGUUUCUGCGAUCGCCAGAUUGCCAAGUUCUGGGGCUCUACCGAGCUCGCCGUGCGUGGUAUGCGUCUUGAGGCCGGCAUUACUCCUUUCGUGAAGCAGAUCGACACAGUGGCGGCCGAGUUCCCGGCCUACACCAACUACCUCUACCUCACCUACAACGCCAGCGAGCACGACGUCACGUUCGACGACAACGGCGUCAUGGUGCUUGGUUCGGGCGUGUACCGUAUUGGGUCCUCGGUUGAGUUCGACUGGUGCUCCGUGAGGGCAAUUCGCACCCUUCGCGAGUCGAACUGCAAGACUAUUAUGGUUAAUAUGAACCCGGAAACGGUCUCCACAGAUUAUGACGAGGCCGACAAGCUGUACUUUGAGAACAUUCUCAUGGAGACGGUCUUGGAUAUCUACGAGGUCGAGUCUGCGCGCGGUGUUCUCGGAGCCAUGGGCGGCCAGACGCCAAACAACAUCGCGCUGCCGCUCCUGCGUGCUGGUGUCCACGUGCUCGGUACUUCCCCCGAGAUGAUCGACACUGCUGAGAAUCGGUACAAGUUCUCUCGUAUGCUCGAUCGUAUCGGUGUUGAUCAGCCGACCUGGAAGGAGUUGACAAGCUUUGAGGAGGCGAGGGCCUUCUGUCAAAAGGUCUCAUACCCGGUAUUGGUGCGCCCUUCCUACGUGCUCUCUGGUGCGGCGAUGAACACCGUCUACUCGGAGCAUGAUUUGCAAAAUUACCUACAGCAAGCCGCUGAGGUCUCACGCGACCAUCCGGUUGUCAUCACCAAGUACAUCGAAAAUGCCAAGGAGAUUGAGAUGGAUGCCGUGGCCAAGGACGGCCAGGUCGUCGGUCACUUCAUCUCGGAGCACGUCGAAAACGCCGGUGUCCACUCUGGCGAUGCCACACUCAUCGUCCCUCCACAGGAUUUGUCCAAGACAACCAUCAAGCGUAUCGAGGAGGCGACCCGCAAGAUCGGCGAUGCCCUCAACGUCACAGGCCCCUUUAACAUCCAGUUCAUCGCCAAGGACAACGAUAUCAAAGUGAUUGAGUGCAACGUUCGCGCCUCUCGCUCGUUCCCCUUUGUCUCCAAGGUCAUGGGUGUUGACCUCAUCGAGAUGGCCACCAAGGCGAUCAUGAGCCUGCCGUUCGAAGAGUAUCCCGAGAUUCAAUGUCCGCCGGACUGCGUGGGUGUCAAGGUCCCCCAGUUCAGCUUCUCGCGGCUCUCUGGCGCCGACCCCGUUCUUGGUGUCGAAAUGGCUUCGACCGGUGAGGUCGCGUCCUUUGGUGCCGAUAAGUACGAGGCGUACCUCAAAGCUUUGCUCUCGACGGGCUUCAAAGUUCCCAAGAACAACAUCCUCCUCUCCAUCGGCUCCUACAAGGACAAGGAGGAAAUGCUGCCUUCGAUCAAAAAGCUGCAGGAGAUGGGCUACAAAUUGUUUGCCACGGCCGGAACCGCAGACUUCCUCGGCACCCACGGUGUGCAGGUGCAGUAUCUCGAGGUUCUCCCCAAGGGAGAGGACCAAAAAUCCGAGUACUCGCUCUCGCAACAUCUGGCCAAGAACAUGAUCGACUUGUACAUUAACCUGCCUUCCAACAACAAGUACAGGCGCCCGGCCAACUAUAUGAGCAAGGGAUACCAGACCCGCCGCAUGGCUGUCGACUAUCAGGUCCCGCUCGUCACCAACGUCAAGAACGCCAAGAUUCUAAUUGAAGCCCUCGCCCGGCAUUUCGACCUCGACAUCGGUGUCCGCGACUACCAGACAAGCCAUCGCACUAUCCAGCUACCCGGCCUAAUUAACAUCGCCGCUUUCGUUCCAGGCUUGGUCUCCAGGGACAGCGACGAUCUCCAGCGUGUAACCCAGGCCUCCAUUGCUGCCGGUUUCAGCAUGAUCCGAGUUAUGCCCGUCGGCAAGGAGGGCUCGAUCUCGGACGUCAAGUCGUUGAAGAUCGCCCAGCAGAACAGCAAGCGCGGCGCAUACUGUGACUUCAACUUGUCCAUCGCGGCGACGUCGGACAACGCCCACCAAAUCAGCCACGCUGUGGGCGAGGUCGGUUCCUUGUUCAUCCCGUUCAACCACCUCUCGGACAACAUCAGCAAGGUGGCCGCAGUGGAGGCACACUUUGAAGCCUGGCCUACACACAAGCCGAUCAUCACGGACGCGAGGACCACGGAUCUCGCAUCCAUUCUGCUACUCGCCAGCCUGCACAGCCGCCGCGUCCACGUCACGGCGGUGACUACCAAGGACGACAUCAAGCUCAUUGCUCUCAGCAAGGAGAAGGGCCUCAAGGUCACCUGCGAUGUCAGCAUUUACUCGCUGCACCUGUCGCAGAAAGACUACCCUGGGUGCCAGUUCCUGCCCACAGCAGAAGACCAGGCUGCUCUCUGGGAGCAUUUGGAGACUAUCGACGUCUUCUCUAUCGGCAGCCUGCCCUACCAGCUUGCUCACUUCCUAAAGAAGGAUGCCGAUGUGGCCGUCGGCAUCGCUGAUGCACUGCCUCUCCUUUUGACUUCGGUCGCCGAGGGCAAGCUUACUGUCGACGAUGUCAAGGCCAAGCUUCACGACAACCCGAGGGAGAUAUUUGAGCUCCACGACCAACUCGGCGCAAGUUUGGAGGUCGAGAUUGACCGCCCGUACACCCUCGAAACCGCCGGUUCUUGGACUCCCCUCACCGGGAAGGUUCUGAAGGCGACUAUCCAGCGCGUCACAUUUCAGGAUCAGGUCGUAUGCCUUGAUGGUUCCAUUGUUCCGACGCAACCAAGGGGCACCGACAUGUCGACUCAUGGGGCCAUGCCUCCGAAUGCCGCCAUCUCGUCGCCCCCUGUUCGGCCUGUGCACCAUCCCAUGUCGCCUAUCCUCGAUGACCGUCGUCAGCUGCGGUCGGCCCAUGGCAGGUCAAAGAUGACGGAAAGCAUGGGACCUCUUGCUCCCCUAGCUCGAACUCAUGGCGUGGAUGACCUCGCUCUCCCCUUGAGCAUGCAACCGACCGUUUCACCGCUGCAGGAUAUGCUCUCUGCUCCGUCCUCGUUCAAGAAGGCGCACGUGUUGUCGGUCACGCAGUACACCCGUUCCGACCUGCGCCUUCUUUUCCACAUUGCCCAGGAAAUGCGUCUCGGCGUGCAGCGUGAAGGCGUCCUCGACAUCCUUCGUGGUCGUCUGCUAUGCACCCUCUUCUAUGAGCCCUCGACGCGCACCUCGGCCUCGUUCGACGCAGCCAUGCAGCGGCUCGGCGGCCGGACCAUCGCCAUCACGACGUCAACUUCGUCCGUUCAAAAGGGCGAGACCCUUCAGGACACGCUCCGCACGCUCGCCUGCUACGGCGAUGCCGUCGUCAUCCGCCACCCGGAUGAGAAAUGCGUCGACGUCGCCAAGAAGUACUCCCCCGUUCCCGUCAUCAAUGGCGGAAACGGCAGCAAGGAGCACCCGACCCAGGCCUUCCUCGACCUCUUCACCAUCCGCGAGGAGCUCGGCACCAUGCAGGGUCUCACCAUCACCUUUGUCGGCGACCUCCUUCACGGGCGGACGGUGCACUCCCUCGUCUACCUACUCCGCCACUACCAGGUCAAGGUGCAGCUCGUCUCGCCCAAGACGCUGGCCUUGCCUGCGGCCGUCCGCCAGCAGCUUGUCGACUCCGGCGAGCUGCUCUCCGAGACGGAGGCGCUGACGCCGGAGAUCCUGGGGCGGACGGAUGUCCUGUACUGCACGCGCGUGCAAAAGGAGCGGUUCGAGAGCCCGAAGGAAUACGAGGCGGUCAAGAACUCGUACCGCAUCGAUUAUGGCACCCUGAAGCAUGCCAAGUCCAACAUGGUGGUGAUGCACCCGCUGCCGAGAAACGAGGAGGUCGCGGAGGAGGUCGAUUUCGACCAGCGCGCGGCUUAUUUCAGACAGAUGAGAUAUGGUCUCUACUGCCGCAUGGCCUUGCUCGCGCUGGUCAUGUCGUAGGGGCUGAUUUGAAUUGAUAGAACGUGAAUCUUGUUUUGUUUUGCUCUAUAUAUACAGGAUGGAUCGGAAAAGCCAGCUGGUAUUUGUUUUGGGUGGUGUUUUGCUUCCAUGGUCAGGGAAAAGUUCUUGC